AUGUUUCUUUUUAUCAUAUCCUUCCUGAUGUUAUCUCCGGGAAUAUUUGGCUAUGACGAAAAAUAUGACAGCGUGGAUGUGGAUAAAAUAAUCUCUGACGAUGCUCUUUUUCUUGCCUACAUCAAUUGUUUUCUUGACAAGGGUCCUUGUGACAACGAGUAUGCGCAGGAUUAUCGAGAAAUGCUACCGGAAGUGAUCGCUACAGCUUGCGGCAAAUGUACAGAAAUUCAAAAAAAGAAACUCCGAAAAUUCAUCAGUGUAAUAUUCGAGAAAAAAACAGCAUUAGCGGUUGAACUCCAGGCGAAAUAUGAUCCUGAGAGUAAAUUUCAAGAUAAAAUUGCCGCAUUUUUGAAGGAUGAUAAUUAA